AUGCAGCUGAAGCCACCCAGACUGGCCUCCCUGCACUUCUCUGGGCGGGGCCCAGACCCUAUGCUGCCCCACUGCUCCUUGGCUGGGGGAGGACUGUCCCAAGUUGCUGUGCCAGUGUGUCUGCUCCCUGCCUCGCCUUCCUGGGUACUGUUCCAGAUCCACAGGAGGCAGCAGGACAGCCUGGCUUGUUCACACUGCUGCUGGGCAGGGUUCCAGGAGAACAAGCGAGAGCCUGCAAGGCCUCCUGAGGCUCGGGCUCAGAGCUGGCCCCAGCACUUCCUCCACAUCCUGUCAGCUACAGUAAGUCAUGAAGCCAUCCCAGAAUCAAGCUGCGGAGAGAACCCACAAAGGGCCAGCUCAGGAAAGGCACCCCAGGAAAGGCAGCCAGGAUGUCCUGAAGUGAACCCAGGAGAAGCUCUCAGCCCCACCCACCAGGGCUGUGCUGAAGGAGGCAGCUGUGGUCCAGCUGCUUUUGGUGCCUUCUUAACUGGUCCCUGCUGGGCAGUCAACAGUGUUGCCUCCAUCUUCCCCUGCAUCCCUGGACUCCUCCAUGUCCUGGAAGCUUCUUGGCGAGCCACAGAAGAGCUUCUGCACAGCCUUCCAGCCACUGGGGCAACAAGAAAACCUCUUUUGAGAUGGUGGAAGGACAGCAGCCCUGGAGACAAGCCUGGAUCCGCAGCAGCCCUGGCAGAAGCAAAGCACAUGUUUCCUGCGUUCAUCCUCUGAGAAAUGGGAGUUGUCUGUUACCACAGCACAGCCUCUCCUAUCCUGACUAAUACAGAACUCUGUGAGC